AUGUCGAGUUCCUUCGAGGAAGGAGCGAUUGACAUAAACUUUGAAAGCUUGUUCAAAAUUAUUAAUCGAGUAUUGAGAGCAAAUCUCUCUCACCCAAAAACUGUUAGGGAUUUCCAAUGGCUUUGCAAAUUCUGUAUUAUGUACGGUAUAUUUUUCUCAACUUUUAUUCUCUUGGUCUACAGCAUUAUCUUCAAAGAUUUAAAAAAUGAUGACUCCACUCAGGCAUGUGCUAACGGAAUUCUCUGCGUUAUCUACUUCGUCAUAACAUUCAACUAUGGCAUUUUGUUUUCAUACCGCAAAAUACUCAAAGAGUUGAUCGAAACAAUGGACUCCGAUUUUGGACUCGCAAAGAAGUUCCCUAAGAAAGAACAGGAAAUCAUCCUUAAAUAUGUAAAGAAAGGCCAAGGCAUUGCUAAAAUCUGGCUUAUUGUUGGUGUUUGCGGGUGUAGUUUGUUUAUUGUCAAAUCAAUCGUUCUUACAAUCUACUAUACGGUCACUAGUGAAUUUACUCUUGUACAUCUUUAUGAAUUAACGUAUCCCGAUGCUGUGGAAAAAGUGAAGAAUACCAAUUUACUAGUUUACUGCUCUUUGUACCUAUAUUUUCUGUUUUAUGAUAUUUUUGCAACAUUGAUGUUGAUUGGAUUUUCACCCAUGGGUUCCAUAUUUAUGCUUCACGCAUGUGGACAACUGGAAGUAGCGAAAAACAGAAUUUUAGAAAUUUACUCUGGAAAUAAUUCCUCUGAUGAAAUAAACAGAAAACUGAAGGACGUGGCAAGAUUUAUUAAUACAACGUAUAGGUUCGUAGAUAAGCUUCAGAUGAGUUUCAAGGUACUAUACGAACUGACACUUAAAUCUACUACAAUUGUUGUACCAGUUACAUUAUACCAAGUACUUGAGUCGUUCAAAAAAGGGGAAUUCAGAUUUGAAUUCCUAACAAUAAUAUUUGGAGGUGUUACAUUAAGCAGCAUUCCUUGUUACUACAGCGACGUGCUUAUGGAAUCGGGUGAAAACUUGAGAAUGGCAGUAUAUUCGUGCGGCUGGGAAGCACACUGGGAGCGCAAAUCGCGCACGAUGAUCUUAAUGCUGCUAGUCCGCACGUCCCGCCACGUCGCCAUACGCACCAUGUUCAAAGACGUUUGCCUUUUUGCGCUCACUGAAAUUUAUCAUCAGGCGUACGCUAUAUUCAAUGUGUUAAAUGCAACUUGGAAUUGAGCCAAGCAGCCCAUUACGCCUCUUAAUGACAAUUUUUCUCGAGCACGUUAUAACAUUACGUUUCUGCGCUCCGCUAUUGGAUAUCCACGCUAUUUACUAAAAUAAUUUCUAUUUAAAUAAAUAUCAAUUUAAAAACAACAAAGCAAGUAAAAUAUCGGUGAAGGAAAACAUCGUGAGGAAACUUGCAUA